CCAAAAAUUAGACUAGAAUACCAUCAACCACCACCUACACCACCAUCACCAUCAUCAAGAACAAAUGGGACCGGAUACGACGUCGGAACGUGUUAGCGAGGAUCUUAUGCAGGCUGUCACAUGUCUGAAACGUGUGAUGGUCGGUAUGAAGAGCAAUGGGACAGAUUAUGUUCAGGAACAGACUCCCUCCAACAGCACUACCGUAAUAUGCACACUUGUCAAAAUCACCGGAGCACUGGAACGAUGCAUCGAGAGCAAUAAAGCGAUGAAUGAUGUGCUCAACGGGAAAAUGAAAUGUACAACAUGUGGCGCAACAUCUGUCGGCCUUCUCUCGGAUUGUCAUGACAGUGCGACAAGCACAACGACUACCGUAUCACACAGAUCAUCAGAAGAGCCACCGCGCCGAAAACCGUCUGCCGCCGGCGGCGAUCACGAUGACGAAGAGCUCGAGUGCUCGUCCAUCGAAUCACGAAGCAUCCGAUCCGUGAGCAGUUCAGUACACACUAGCGCCGAGGAUGAUGAGACGAAUCAGACGAUGAUGGUACCGACGGAUGUAGCCGAUGUGAUCAAUGCGAUUGUGGCAGGAACGAACGGCUCCAGCAACUCCAACACCACCAGCUCCUCGAAAUCCCCUCAGGAAGAGGAAGAAGAGCAUGAUCUUGUGAUGAAGUCGAUCCUGUCGACGACAACGUCCACGUCGAAUACAAAGCUGGAAUUGAGUGAAAAACUGGAGAAUCCACUCCAAGACACUGCUCUGCUCGAUCAAUUCCUUCAGGCAUCGCUUCUAGGCCAGACGCCUACAGUCACGCCUGCAUCGGAAGAGAAUGAGGAGGAUAAGGAGCAGAAUGCGGUGCUGACCAGCUUUUUGCAGAUUCUGUUCGCCAACCAACAAGCCGGCAAUGCGAUCCUCGACGCGGGCUCCAGUGAAAAUGACGGAUCCACGUCAUCAUCCCAACCAUCACCACCAGCCGAUCCAACAGCCUCACUUGACUCGCUGGCAAUGUUCGAAUCACUUUUAGCCGAGUCGAUGAACGGGAAUGUGCUCGAUGCGAAUACCUCGUCAGCUGACCAGAAAGCGGCGGCUCGCAAGCGAAAGAGCACACCGAUGAAGGUUCCGAAGUCGGAAAAUGGUGCUGGAUAUAUUUGUCCGAUGGAUGGAUGUAAUAAGGUGUUCAAGGAGAAAGGAUCAGUGCAUCGACAUUUUGUUACGCAUAUUGGAAUGCGUUUUAAUUGUGACAAAUGCAAGGCCUCGUACACCCAAAAGCAUGCUCUAAUGCUCCAUCAGAAGAUUCAUGCCAAUCCGGACGCCUAUCAGUGUAGAGGAUGCGGUACCAAUUAUACAACACAAAAUGGUCUUCGAUUGCAUAGACAGAGAAAUCCAGCAUGCAUGGAAGUGAGCAACGCCCUUGAAUUCAACACCUCCCUGAAUACCUCAAUUAGUGAAGCGCUGUCUGGCCCGCUGAGCAAAAACUCGUCGCCCACGAAGCAAAUGGUCUCGGCUCCGUGAAAAGUUUUUUUUUUUUUCGUUGCUUUCCCCCUUUUUAGACCUCAAAUAUUCCUGUACUCUCCGAUACGCGUGCAAUUUUUAUCUCAAACAGACCCACCAAAAGCCCCACCCAAUUUAUUAGUGAAAAAAGGUUUUAAUAAUUAAAAUAAUUAUUAUUUUAUAUCGAGAAAUCAGAUAAGUUUUAUUAUCGAUUUAUUGAUUUUUUUUCCUGUCUUUGUGUGUUAUUUCCUGUCUCUAUCCUUGAUUUUAUUACGCAAAUUUUUUUGUUUGGAAAUUUUUUUAUUAUUUCUAUAUGCAUCUAAUUUCACUUGUUCUUUUACAUACAAUUCGAAAAUCAUAAUAAUUUUUUUUUCUCGCAAAAAUCUCUGAAAAUCAUCCUUUGCAUUUUACACCCCUCCCCACUCAAAACCGUCAUAAUUUAAUUCCCCACUUUUUUUAUGGAUCGAUACUUUUUAUGGCAAUAAUUUUUUGUUUUUUGUACUUUUUUUUGGACUUUUUUGUCCAAAAUUACCCUCUUUUUUGGUGCUUAAACCCCCACCCAAAUAUUCGUUUUUUUUGCUCCCUUACACACACCGAAUGCCUUUACAAUAAAAGACUUGUAUUU